AUGUUGUUCCAAAACAUCCUCAUUGCCGCUUCCAUCGGCCUCGCAGCCGCCUCUCAAUCCUCCGGCCAAGGAUGCGGUUUCAAAAUUGCACCUUGUCCCAACGACACCACCUGCAAGCCAAUCAUGGCCAACUGCAAAGACCUCAACAAAUGCUCAGGCAUGUGUUACUUCAAGAACGAGUACCAAACCUGUGGAGGCUUCCGCGCCACGCCCCCUCCGCCUUGCAAGAAGGGCACUCACUGUGUUGAUGAUCCUCGAACUCCUGGUGACUGCGGCAUGGCUUGUGACAAGCCUGGCAUCUGUGCACCCAAGAAACCUCACACAUGCGGGGGAAUCACUGGAAAGCAGUGUCCUAAGGGUCUGUACUGCUAUGAUGAUCCGUCGGAUGACUGUGAUCCUAAGAAGGGAGGGAAUGAUUGCUCUGGAAUUUGCCUGUAG